AUGAUUGCAAAGGCACUCGUUGCAUCCAUCGCGCUGGCCGCCUCAGUCUCAGCACAAACCUUCACCGACUGCAAUCCCCUCGAAAAGGAUUGCCCUGCUGCUCCUGCCUUGGGCACCCAGUCGAUCAACUGUGACUUGACGCAGGGUGCAUGCGCUGGCUUCGAUGUUCUGGCCGGCACCACCUUGACGUAUGACUCCAAGGGUGCUCUUUUCUCUAUUGAGAACGACAAGCAAGCACCUACUAUCGCCAGCAGCAGGUACAUCUUCUUCGGUCGCCUCGAGGUGGAGGCCCAAGCCGCCCCUGGCCGUGGCCUGGUCACUUCCAUCGUGCUUCAGUCUGCCGAUCUUGACGAGAUCGACUGGGAAUGGCUCGGUUAUGAUGAGGUCAAUGUCCAAACCAACUACUUCGGCAAGGGGGAUACUACCGUCUACGACCGCGGCGCCUUCCACAAGGUUUCUGCACCCCUGACCACCUUCCAUACCUACACCAUUGAGUGGACUGCUUCCAAGCUUGACUGGAUCAUCGAUGGCCAGGUCGUCCGGACUCUCAACUACGCCGAUGCCGCCAGCGGCACGCGCUACCCCCAGACACCUAUGCAGGUGAAGCUGGGCACCUGGGUUGCAGGUCUUCCCGGUAACAGCCAGGGCACCAUCGACUGGGCCGGUGGUCUUACCGACUUCUCACAGGCUCCCUUCAACGCCUGGUACAAGUCCAUCAAGGUCGUUGACUAUGCCGGUGGCUCCUCCGCCCCCACCGAGAGCAUCCGCGAGUACCAGUACGGCGACAGGACCGGUUCCUGGGAGAGCAUCGUCAUCGUCAAGGGCGAGCCCGUCCCUCUCUCGUCCGCCAUCACCACCCCCGGAGCGACCACCCCCGUCAGCACGAACACGCCGGCGUCUUCGUACACACACACCGGACCCUUCAACUCGUCCUUCGUCGCCCAUCCCACCGCAACCGGCGGCGACUUCACCACCUCGACCGUCUACGGCACCACCGUCUACAUCACCUCGUGCGCUCCCACCGUCACCAACUGCCCUGCCGGCGGCUCCACGCAAGUGACCGAGACCAUCGCCAUCUCCACCACCGUCUGCCCCAUCGGCACCGGGAGCCACGUCUCCUCUCCCCCCAGCGUCACGAGCGGCAACUCGCCCCAGCAGCCCUCCAGCAGCGGAAUCAGCGUCACCAGCGGGAACUCCCCCAACCAGCCCUCGGCCACCACCGGCCCCGCCAGCCCGAGCCACACCUCUGCCAACUCUCCCAACCAGCCCUCUUCCAGCCAGCCCUCUGGCCUCAUCACCGCCACGUCCGCCUCGCCCGUGCCCUCGCACCCACACAGCAACUCCACCGCCAGCAUCACAUCGCCCACUGCUGUUCCCACCGCCGGGGCUGCGCAGUUCGUCGGCAGCCUCUCCUUGGCAGCUGGUGUUGCCGCCGCGGUUGUG